AAAAAACACCAUGGAUUUAGACACUUACGUCCUCUAUUCUUCUCUCUCACUUUUCUUUCUUCUUCUUGCUUUCAAAUUCAUCUCUCGAUCUCUUCGACUUCGCAAUAACUUACCGCCAAGUCCACCCUCUUUUCCGGUCAUCGGACAUCUCCAUCUCUUGAAAAAGCCAAUCCACCGAACUUUCAGCAACCUCUCUGCCAAAUAUGGCCCUGUUAUGUCUCUCCGCCUUGGAUCCAAGCUUGCAGUCGUUUUAUCCUCCUCGGCGGCGGUGGAGGACUGCUUCACUAAAAACGACGUUGUUCUCGCCAACCGUCCACGUUUGCUCGUUGGAAAAUACAUCGGCUAUAAUUACACUACCAUGAUUGGGGCUCCAUACGGCGACCAUUGGCGGAACCUUCGUCGAAUUGGCGCCAUUGAGAUCUUCUCUAUAUCUCGAAUCAACAAAUUCACGGACAUCCGAAGGGAUGAAGUGAUGCGAAUUGUUCGAAAACUGUCACAUAAUUCGAUUCAUCAAUUCUCGAAAGUAGAAAUUCAAUCGGCGAUGUCGGAGCUGACGUUCAACAUCACGAUGAGAAUGGCGGCUGGUAAAAGGUAUUAUGGCGAGGACGUGACGAAUGAGGAAGAGGCGAGGAGGUUUAGGGAGUUGAUUAAAGAGAUUGUGGCGGUAGGAGGAGUAUCAAAUCCAGGGGAUUUCUUACCUGUAUUGAAUUGGAUGUCGAAGGGUAUUGAGAGGAAAUUAAUACAACUGGGGAAGAAAGUGGAUGCGUUCUUGCAAGGGCUAAUUGAUGACCAUCGUAAGACGAAGGAAGAAGGAAGGAACACGAUGAUCGAUCACUUGCUUUCUCUACAACAAUCGGAACCCGAUCACUAUAACGAUCAGAUAAUCAAAGGAUUUAUAUUGAUAUUACUAACGGCUGGAUCCGACACAUCCGCGGUGACAAUGGAAUGGGCCUUGAGUCAUCUCCUAAACAAUCCUCAAGUGUUAAAAAAGGCAAAAGAGGAGAUAGACACUCAAAUUGGACAAGAAAGACUCGUGGAGGAAUCAGACAUUUCUAAACUACCUUAUCUUCAAAGAAUCGUCUCUGAGACUCUUAGGUUGAAUCCUGCGGCACCCAUGUUGGUUCCCCAUUAUGCAACCAAUGACUGCAAAAUAUGUGGGUAUGAUGUGCCACGAGACACAAUGGUACUAGUCAAUGCUUGGGCCAUACAUAGAGAUUCAAACGAGUGGGAGGAUUGCAUGAGUUUUAAACCAGAGCGAUACGAAAAAUCAGAAGCUGUAGAGAUACACAAGUUUUUGCCUUUUGGAUUAGGAAGGCGUGCAUGUCCUGGUUCUGCCAUGGCACAUAGAGUGAUGGGUCUUACUUUAGCAACUCUGAUUCAAUGUUUUGAGUGGAAGAAAAUUGGAGAAGAAGACAUUGACAUGAAGGAGUUGUCUGGUGCCAUAAUGACCAAGAUGGUGCCAUUGGAGGCCAUGUGCAAAGCUCGACCCAUCAUCAACAACAUUUUUUACUAAUAAAUAUCUAUUUCUAGUAAUUUACAUGUACUUGUGUAUUUUUUUACAAGAGAUAAUUGCAAAUUUAACAAUUAGAUUCAAAAUAAUUAAGUAUAUAACAACAUUUUAAAAAAUUUGCAAAUAUAGCAAAAUUUGUCAAAUUCUAUGAAUGAUAUAAGUCUAUCACCGAUAGAGCAUGUUGUAAAUCUUGUACUAUCACUGAUAGAGUCUAUCAGUAAUACAAGUCUAUCAGCGAUAAUUUUGCUAAA